CCGGCCCCCAACACACGGCGAAUGCUUGUGGUGAACGGGGCGCUGUGUUCAGCUCUCCACUCCGAUGCACUUACUGCAUGCUCGUGACGCGUCUAAGGUAGGAAGGGUAUUAUUCUCAUUUUACAGCCAGGAAGCUGAAGAACAGAGAGGUUAAGUGACUUGCCCAAGGCCACACAGCUGGUGAGGGUUUGAAUUUUUAAAGGCGGCACACCUUUUACUCUAGUGAUGAAUAUAAUAUGAAAGCAGCAUGCCAAACUCCAAACACACACACACACAAAGUGGCUGGGCCUCUUGGCAACUACUUGGCAGGGAGGAGGAGGCAAGUUGACUCCAACUUCCCCUCUGCUUUUCCUGUUGCGCCAAUGCCAGCUAGAGCUCUGGGUAGGGCCUGCUGGCCCACGAGAGCCAGCAGGGAGCCUCAGGGUCAGGCCACUCUGAUAUUAGGGGGGUGGUCCGCCAUCCCACCUGAGCCCUUCAGCUGUGCCACGUGCUUGAACACUCGUCAACUCCACAAGGCCUCCCCCAGACCGGUGAGGUAGGUUCACCUUGGUGACUCAUUUCUCAGGUGUCUGGGGCCUGGAUGGAGAACACUUCCCUCAGCUACGAGUAUGGGGAUUACGACCGGGUUCCCGAUUUCCCCGUGGACUGCGUGGACGGCACCUGCGUCUCCGCCGACCCGCUGCGCACUGCCCCGUUCCUGCUCUACGCCGCGGUCUUCCUGGUGGGCGUGCCUGGCAACGCCACGGUGGCCUGGGUGACCUGGAAAGAGGCCCGCCAGAGGGUCGGCGCCACCUGGUUCCUCCACUUGGCUGUGGCUGAUCUGCUCUGCUGCGCGUCUCUCCCCAUCCUGGCCGUGCCCAUCGCGCGCGGGGGCCACUGGCCGUACGGGGCGGCGGGCUGUCGGGCCCUGGCGUCGGUCAUCCUGCUGUCCAUGUACGCCAGUGUGCUCCUGCUGGCCGCUCUGGGCGCGGACCUCUGCCUGCUGGCCCUCAGGCCCAGCUGGGGGGCAGGCGCGGGGCGGGCGCGCAGGGUGUGGGUAGCCUGUGGGGUCGCCUGGGCCGCGGCCUUGCUGCUCACCGUGCCCUCGGCCGCCUACCGCCGGCUGCACCAGGAGCAUUUCCCUCGCCGGCUGGAGUGUGUGGUGGACUACGGCGACUCCGCGGUGGCAGAGAACACGGUGACUGCCACCCGCUUUAUUUUUGGCUUCCUGGGGCCGCUGGUGGUGGUGGCCGGCUGCCACGGCGCCCUUCUGUGCCAUGCGGCUCGGCACCGCUGGCCACUGGGUAUGGCUGUCGUGGUGGGUUUCUUUGUCUGCUGGGCCCCCUACCACCUGUUGGGGUUGGUAAUCACCGCGGCUGCGCCGCGCUCCAUGCUCCUGGCCCGGGCCCUGCGGGCUGAACCUCUGGUCAACGGCCUCGCUCUGGCUCACAGCUGCCUCAAUCCGGUGCUCUUCUUGUAUUUCGGGAGGACUCACCUGCGCAGGUCACUGCCAGCCGCCUGUCGCCGGGCCCUGAAUGAGUCCCAGAGCAAGGAUGACAAUGCGGUCAGCAAGAAAUCCACCAGCCAUGAUCUAGUCUCAGAGGUGGGGGUGUAGGCUAGAAGGAAACUGGUUUGUGUGCAUCCAUCCCAUUUCGCCAGGCUGGCUUCAGGCAUAGCUGGAUCCAGCAGCUCAAUGAUAUCAUUUCUUUCUUUAUUCUUUCAACAAACAUUCAUUAAGCACCUGCCAUGUGUAAGGCCCUAUUAUAGGCCCUGGGGAAGUAGCGGUGACCCAAACAGACACAAAUCCCUGCCCUCAGGGAGCUGACAUUCUAUUGGAGGAAGACAGGCAAUAAGCAAAGGAAAGGGGAUAUGGAAUAUAUCAAGUGGUGGCAAGUGCUAACCUAAAGGCGACAAAGAGGACUGAGUGGGGCAGGGAUAUAGGUAAGCUAGGCAAGGCCCAUUGGCUAAGGUGAUAUUUGAGCCAAGACCUGAGGAAGGGAGGGAGGAGUCAUGCUAAAAUCUGGCAGAAAAGCAUGUCAAGCACAGGGAACAGCAAGUGCAAAGGCCCUGAGGCACAAUAUGCUUGGCAUAUUUCAGGAAGAGUGAAGAGGCCAAUGUAGGUGAAGCAGAGGGAGCAAGAGGGAAAGUGGGUUGAGACAAAGGGCGAGAGGUAGUGCGGGGCUGGAUUUGAAAGCCUUCCAGGCCAUAGCAAGUGUUUGGAGAUCCAUGGCAGUGUUCUGAGCUACUGUUAUCAGAUAUAUACAACAGAUAUAUACAACAGCAAAUUAAAUUUGAAUUUCGGAUAAACAACAA